AUGGCCCAGGGCGCCGCAGAACCGCAAGCGAAGCCCGUCGCGACGGCAACUGAUACCGUUCAUCCCCCUCCUGGCCCCGGACGCCCACGGGCGCGUCCAGGGGGCAAGCGGCGAAAGGCCAAGCCGGCCGGCACAGUCCCGCACGCCUCGGCGGGCCCCACGAGGGACGCCCCGAGCAAGCAGCCCCGCGUGGACGAACCCCCACCCGCCGCCGUGUCCUGCCCGCACUGCGGGGACUUCCACGCCAGCGGACCGGGGGCGGUGGCGCAGGUCUGCGCGCACGUCAAGAACGUGCACCAGAUCCCGUUCACGUGCGGGCGCUGCCUGAAGGGGUUCAACAGCAAGGCCGCGGCGACGGCGCACAAGAAGAAGUGCGCGGCGAAAGAUGCGCGCAUGCUCCCGCAGGUGGCGCCGCCGGCUCCCUCGAAGGGCCAGCGGCGCCCCGCGGCCCGCUGCCUGCUCGUGAGCCUCGUUGUCGACGACUACGUGAUGGUCGCGAUCGUGGUCGACGCGGACGCGCCCGCCGCGUCUCGUGGGGGAGCUGCGAGCGACGUGCUGCCGUGUCCGCGCUGCGCGGACUUCCGGGGCAAGGGACCGGGGGCGGCGGCGCAGGUCUGCGCGCACAUGAGGCGGACGCACGGGGUCGCGUUUGCGUGCGGGAACUGCCUGGAGGGCUUCGAGAGCAAGGCUGCGGUCGCGGCGCACAAGAAGACGUGCGCCGCGAAGACGCCGCGUGAGGCCGCACCAGCGCCGGCGGCGCCGCAGGCCAAGCAGGCAGAGCCAGUGUUCGAGUCGGAGCUCGCUGUGCGCGGUGGCCUGCCGGGCUGGGACGCGGGUGGUGAUGAGGUCGUGUGCCCGCACUGCGUGACGGAACGAAGCAGAUUCGUGCGCAGGGGCCCGCUCGCAGCAUCGCAAGUGCGCGCGCACAUCCGGGGCGUCCACAAGCGCCCGUUCGUCUGCAUGCGCUGCAUGGAGGGUUUCAAAAAAAAGGGGGCGUUGGCACAACACUUACAGAAGGAGGCAUGCGGCGCGAGGGCGCAAGUCGCGAGCGCCGCGCCGGCAGCGGCCCCUGCGGGCCAGAAGACUGCGAAGGCGGACAAGAGCAAGCGCCGCACGGCGGCGCCCUGCCUUGUGCGCACGCUCGUGGUCGAAGACGGGUACGUGAUCCCGGUGCUGAUCGUCGACGAGGCGCGGGGCGGCGCCGGGGUGCGUGGCAGACCAGGCAAGGGCGGAUCCGGGAUCGCGAAGGUCGCGUGCCCGCACUGCGACGACUUCGCCGGCGCAGUGGCCAACGUCUGUGCGCACAUGAAGGCGGUGCACGGGGUCGCGUUCGUCUGCGGGCUCUGCCUCAAGGGCUUCGCCACGAAGGGUGCGAUCAAGGCCCACAAGAAGCAGGGGUGCGCCGCCAGUCCAGCGUCGCAGACUGCACCGUCGGGGAGCGCAGCGGCGACGGGUGCUGCGCGGGCGCCCGCGGAUGAAACGCCUGCGCCCGUGCCCGAGGAGGGCGCAGCCGGCGCACGUGGCAGCGCGGCCAAGCUCGCCGCCAAGCGCGACGUCGCCGCCCCCGACCCGAUCGCCUGCCCGCGCUGCGACGACUUCACCGGCCGAGGUCCACGCGCGGUUGCAGAAGUCUGUCUGCACAUGAAGCGCGUGCACGGCAUCCCGUUCCAGAUGUGUGGGCGCUGUUUCGAGGGCUUUGAAGACAGGGCGGCGGCAAAGUUGCACAAGAAGCGAUGCAACGCCGCGCCGGGGCGGGGCGGCGCACCACGCGUCCCGCGAGCGCCAACGCCGACGGCCCCUGCGCCCGCAGCCGCCCGACCGCCCGAGCCGGCGACGCCUCCGCAAGCCCCCGCUACCAAAAGAGCACGUGAUGUGCGAGCAGCCAUCGCAGCCCAGCCCUCGAGCGGGGCGCCGCCGACCCCACAAUCCUCCAAGCCAGCAGACGCGGCGUCCCCCUCCGCGGACGGCGCCGCCCCGGCCUCCUCGGACGAGACCGCGGUCGUGGACGCAGCCGAGAGCGCGGAUCCCGCCGCGGAACGCGCGCGCGCGGACGAGCUGAUCGCGCAAAUCGACGGCGCGUGGCCUGCGUUCCAGGCGACGCCCGAGUGGGCGGCUGGCGGGCGAGCCUGCGUAGCCGAGCUGGACGAGAUCGUCAGAUCCUCGCUGCAGCGCUGGACCGUCUCGCCCGCGGGCGCGCGGAUGCGGCGCAAGUGCGUGGAGCAGCUGCAGUCCCUGGCAGAGGACAUCGGGCAGGUCGUGAACAAGCAGGUCGUCUACGACAAGCCAGAGGACUGGACGCACCGCACGGGGGAGAGGAUCCCGGCGUUCGUCCCGGGCACCGUGCGCAUGAAGCCGCACGGGUCGUUCGUGCAGGACAUGUCGCAGGAAGACAGCGACGUCGAUGUGUCCAUCCACGGGCAGCUGAACCGCGACUACGUGCGGCUCGUGGUCGAGACGGAGAACGAGUGGACGAAGGACCUGACAGAGGACGAGCGGCGCGCUCUCCGGGACUCUCUCGCGCCGGGAGCGCCCCCGCUGUGCGCGGCCAGCCUCCCCAGGUGCAUCAAGAAGCGCGUGCUCUCAAUUAUGAGAAACCUCUUUUACAAACUGCCGUACGACAGCCGCAUCAGGCGCCUUCUCAAAGUGACGAACUUCCUCGCCCGGGCCCGGAUCCCGCUCCUGGAGACCCGCUGCGCCCAGGGAGGGUUCAUGAUCGAGGUCAUGGUGGGCAACACCGCGGGAGUCAAGUCGGCGGCCAUCCGCGAGAUGGCGCAGCUUGACGCAAGGGUGCGCCCGCUGCUGCUGGCCGCGAAGAUGCGGUCCAAGUGCCCGCACGCGAAGAUCGUGGACGCGUCGGCAGGGCUGUUCAACUCCUUCUCGAUCUCCCUCCUCGCGCUGUUCCACCUGCAAACGGUGUCGCCGCCCGUCGUGCCGCCGAUGUGGACGCUCUUCCCCGGGUUCGCGGCAGACGGGCCGCGCCCGCUCGACGCCACGAGACACGACGACGCAGCGCGGGAGAACCUCGAGAGCGCCAUGAUCGAGCGCGCGCGCGCCCUGCGCACGGAGUGGGCGUCCGAGAACACGUGCAGUGUCGGCGAGCUGCUCGCGUCCUUCCUGGUGCGCCUGGACGCCAUGAUCGGAGCCUGCGACAGGACGGGCGCGGCCUUCCUUGGGUACGCGCCCUGCGUGUGGCGCGGGGCCUGGGUGCGCCUGGAGCCGGGGGAGGCGUGCUACCAGGAGAAGCGUCACUUCGUGGUGGUGCCGGACCCGCUGGAGGUCGCCGAGAACUGCGGACGGAGCGCGUACAAGUAUGAAGGCAUCGUGGAGGCGUGCAAGGACGGAACGCAGGAUCUCCUGAAGAUUGCCGAGGGGCUGGGGACGGCGAAGCUGGACCGGGUGGACGCGCGCAUGGGCCUGGAGGUCCUGUUCUUGUGA